GCCGGUGGCGCUUCAGGUCCGAUGUUGCUGCCGCUGUCGGUGGCCGCGCUGACGGCCGUUUACUACCUGGGCCGGUGGCUGAUGUCGGGGACCACGGGCCGCGUGUCGAGCCCGGCCUUAGCCCCGACCCCGACCCCGGCCCCAGGCUCCAUGCGGGGCAAGACGGUGAUCGUGACCGGCGCCAACAGCGGCAUCGGCCGGGCGACGGCGAGCGGCCUAGCGCGGCUUCAGGCCCGGGUCAUCCUGGCGUGUCGCGACCCGGCCGCAGCCGAGGAGGCGGCUCGCGAAAUGCGGCAGCAAGACCGGGGCGACGGCGCGGCCUCCGGGGAGGUGUUGGUCCGACAGCUCGACCUGGCCUCACUCACCUCGGUGCGGAGCUUCUGCCAGCGGAUCGUGGAGGAAGAACAAAGGCUGGAUGUCCUCAUCAAUAACGCUGGAAUUUUCCAGUGUCCCUACAUGAAAACCGAGGAUAGUUUUGAGAUGCAGUUUGGGGUGAAUCACCUGGGACACUUCCUUCUCACCAAUCUCCUCCUGGAUCUCCUCAAGCGGUCUGCCCCAAGCAGAGUGGUGGUAGUGUCCUCCAAGCUCUACAAGUAUGGUGAGAUCAAUUUUGAUGAUCUGAACAGUGAAAAAAGCUACAACAAAAGUUUUGGGUACAGCAGGAGUAAGCUGGCCAACAUCCUGUUCACCCGUGAACUAGCCAAACGUCUGGAUGGUACUGGUGUCACGGUAAACGUGCUACACCCAGGAAUUGUGCGCACAAACCUGGGAAGACACAUCAGUAUCCCUUUACUUGGACAACCGAUCUUCAAGUUCGUGUCCUGGGCUUUCUUUAAAACUCCAGAACAAGGAGCAGAAACAUCUCUCUACCUGGCUACAUCUCCUGACGUUGAAGGGGUGUCGGGUGAAUAUUUUGGAGACUGCAAGCAGGAGGAGUUAUUGCCCAAAGCAAUGGAUGAUGCAGUUGCAAAAAUGUUGUGGGAUGAAAGUGCAAAAAUGGUGGGACUGAAAUCACCACUGUAAAUAUUCUAUGUUGUAAAUAUACAUUUUGAGUAGAUUAUUGAUUAAUUGAAUUUCAAUAAAUCUUUGACUGUAUAUUUGGAAACCAGUUAUUACACCAGGGAAUGCAGCCUGGAGUAAAUGUUUCAAGUAAAUCUUUUAUGUUACUAGAAAUUAUAUCAAAAUUGUGCGUUGUGAAGAGGCUUGUUUGAUGCCAUUGGUUUACGCCAUAAUGUUCAAAAUGUUUGAAUUAGCAGAAUAUAUUUAAAUGAACAUCAGUUUGUGUUUUUUGUCGAUGACUGCUUCUGCCUUACACCAGUUAACGGAAUGUUGUUACUUUGGAGGUCAAAAAUGUUAUUACGGCACCUAAUAACUGUUAAGAAAAGGGGAUUGCCCUAUUAGGUAAUGGCAAUGCUCAGUUCUGUUUCGUUGACAUUUAUUGUUGCAAUUUGGCAAGUUUCACUGAUCGACCCUUUCUCUCAGCAUAACAUACAAAACUUCAAUCAUUUCAAAUUUUUUAGCACUUACCAAAUAAAUACUAUUCCUGAAAGCAAAA